UCUCCGGUUCACUCUCGCCUCGCUCUGCUCUCUUCUGCAACCAUGUCUGACAAACCCAAUAUGGCUGAGAUUGAGAAAUUCGAUAAGUUGAAACUGAAGAAGACAGAAACGCAAGAGGAAAACCCCCUGCCUUCAAAAGAACUGAUUGAACAGGAGAAGCAAGCCAGUGAAUCGUAAUGAGGCAGGCGUUGCCAAUAUGCACACUGUACAUUCCACAAGCAUUGCCUUCUUAUUUUACUUCUUUUAGCUGUUUACCUUUGUAAAAUGCAAAGAGGUUGGAUCAAGUUUAAAUGAUUGUGCUGUCCCUUUUCACAUCCAAGAACUAAUGACAACGAUGACCGAGCCUGCCUCUCCCACCCCCUGAAUGGCAGGGAAG